ACACCGCGCGCAGUCAGUCAGCAGAAGGUGGAAGUGUCCGAUGCGCUGAUACAGAAGGUGGACUCUCGGGUUUUGCUGCAGCAGAUUCCGCCAAACACGACCUUAGCCUAUAAUCCAUUCACGAAAUUAAGUGAUUUUGAAUCCAAGAGUUGAAUAUAUAAUGUAAGGUUGUUUUAUUUUCCCAAGCUUUUUCGACGCACGCAAUGGACAUUACGGGCUGAAGAACCGGCAAACAUUAAGAUAUCGAUUGUUUGAUUGAUGCGUCUUUCUGCAAAGUGCCGGGUGGACGCCAGGAUCUGCUGACAACAGAUAAAGUUUCGUUAAAUAAAGUCAGAUUUAUCGUACAGGAUGGUGGAUGCAGCUGAAUGUUGUGUAAAGGUGAUGUGCCGAUUCAGGCCACUUAACGAAUCGGAAAUCAACAGAGGUGACAAAUACAUACCGAAAUUCAAAGGAGAGGACACCGUCGUUAUUUCGGGCAAGCCAUACAUCUUCGACCGAGUGCUUCCACCAAACACAACGCAAGAACAAGUAUAUGACACCUGUGCAAAACAAAUUGUUAAAGAUGUACUCGACGGCUAUAACGGUACGGUCUUUGCAUAUGGCCAAACUUCAUCAGGAAAAACUCACACUAUGGAGGGAAAGCUGCACAACUCCCAGCAGAUGGGCAUCAUCCCUCGUAUUGCCCAGGACAUCUUUGACCACAUCUACUCUAUGGAUGAAAACUUGGAGUUCCAUAUCAAGGUCUCUUAUUUUGAAAUCUAUAUGGACAAAAUCAGAGACUUACUUGAUGUUUCCAAAACUAACCUUGCUGUACAUGAGGAUAAGAACCGAGUGCCCUUUGUCAAGGGCUGCACAGAGCGCUUUGUGUCCAAUCCAGACGAUGUCAUGGAUGUGAUAGAUGAGGGAAAAGCCAAUCGUCAUGUGGCUGUCACAAAUAUGAAUGAACACAGCUCCCGCAGUCACAGUAUUUUCCUCAUUAAUAUAAAGCAGGAAAAUGUGGAGACAGAGAAGAAACUGAGUGGGAAGCUUUACCUAGUGGAUCUGGCAGGAAGUGAAAAGGUCAGUAAAACUGGAGCAGAAGGAUCGGUAUUGGAUGAGGCUAAAAAUAUCAAUAAGUCUCUUUCUGCUCUGGGGAACGUCAUCUCGGCUCUGGCUGAGGGAACUAAAACUCACGUACCAUACAGAGACAGUAAAAUGACCAGGAUCCUCCAGGACUCUUUGGGUGGGAACUGCAGAACAACCAUUGUCAUCUGCUGCUCUCCCUCAAUAUUUAAUGAGGCUGAGACCAAAUCCACUCUCAUGUUUGGCCAGAGAGCCAAAACAAUCAAAAACACUGUUUCUGUGAACAUGGAACUGACAGCAGAGGAAUGGAAAAAGAAAUAUGAAAAGGAGAAAGAGAAGACCAGGAAUCUAAAAGUCAUCAUCCAGCGGCUAGAAAAUGAGCUCAAACGAUGGAGAAAAGGUGAAGCUGUACCAGUAAAUGAGCAACUCAACAGCAAAGAAGCAAAGAAUUCUGAAUCCACACCAAUAAUUGACACUUCAGCCCCACCCCCUGAGCCUCUUUCUGAUUCAGAGAAAACCCAGUAUGAGGAAUUGAUCAAUGACCUGUAUCAGCAGCUAGAUGACAAGGAUGAUGAGAUCAACCAACACAGUCAGCUGGCAGAAAACAUCAAGCAGCAGAUGGUAGAUCAGGAUGAGCUGCUGGCCUCCUCACGCCGUGACUAUGAGAAGAUCCAGGAAGAGCUAAACCGCUUGCAGCGUGCGAAUGAUGCGGCUAAAGAGGAGGUGAAGGAGGUGCUUCAGGCCUUAGAGGAGCUAGCUGUAAACUAUGACCAGAAAAGCCAUGAAGUGGAGGAUAAAGCCAAGACAAACCAACAGCUCUCUGAGGAGCUUCUGCAGAAGAGUACAUGUCUGGCUGGUGUGGAGAGAGAUUUGGCUGCCCUGCAGGAAGUCAGUGGACAUCACAAAAAACGAUCAGCAGAGAUCCUUAGUUUAUUGCUCCGAGACCUCAAUGAGAUUGGCAGCGUUAUUGCUUUGAAUGACCACAAGAUGGCAGAGGUUAAUGGAGGAAUGGAGGAGGAGUUCACCAUGGCACGGCUCUUCCUCAGUAAAAUGAAGUCAGAGGUGAAGUCUUUGGUUAACCGUAGUAAACAACUGGAGAGCGCACAGUCCGACACACUGCGCAAAAUGCAGGUCAAUGAGAAGGAGCUUGCGUCCUGCCAGCUGCUGAUCUCUCAGCAUCAGGCGAAGAUCAAAUCUCUCACAGACUACAUGCAGAAUAUGGAGCAGAAGAAGAGACAGCUGGAGGAAAGCCAUGAUUCGGUUGUGGAGGAACUGGCUAAACUCCAAGCAAAGGAAUCGAUGCAUGAGGUGUCUGUUCUGGAUAAAGAGAAGGAACACAUGACUAGGAUGCAGGAUGCUGAGGAGAUGAAGAAAACGCUGGAACAGCAGAUGGAAAGCCACAGAGAGGCUCAUCAAAAGCAACUAUCUCGUCUUAGAGAUGAGCUUGAGGAGAAACAAAGGAGCUUGGAUGAGCUGAAAGAUGUGAAUCAGGCACUUCAGCUGGAACAGAAGCAGCUCAUCUGUGACUAUGAGAAGCUCAAGCAGGAGGAACAGAAGAAGGACAAGAGACUACAGAAGCUUAUUCUGUUGAAUGAGAAGAAAGAUCAAGCCAAGGAGGAUCUCAAGGGUCUAGAGGAGACUGUGACCAAAGAGCUUGAGACUCUCCUUAAUCUGCGCAAGCUGUUUAUCCAAGACAUCAACGAUCGCAUGGGGCGAAGUGUGGAAAUGGACACAGAUGAAUCAGGGGGGAGUCUGGCACAAAGGCAAAAGAUCAUAUUCCUGGAGAACAACCUGGAGCAGCUUACUAAAGUCCACAAGCAGCUGGUACGUGAUAAUGCAGACCUGAGGUGCGAGCUGCCUAAACUGGAGAAACGCCUGCGUGCAACGGCUGAGCGUGUGAAGAUUUUGGAGUCUGCUCUGAGAGAAGCCAAAGAAAGUGCCAUGAGAGACCGUAAGCGCUACCAGCAGGAGGUGGACCGCAUCAAAGACGUCAUCCAGGCCAAGAACCAGGCCAGGAGGAACCACAUCGCACAGAUUGCUAAGCCUAUUCGUGCUGGUCAUCAUCACCCUGUGGCUUCAGCCUCACCUGGUCACUCUAUCCGUGGAGGGGGCGUCCCGAGCCCACGGCGACAUCACCACCAGCACCAACAGCCUCAACAGCAUCAGCAGUACCAUCACAGGACCAAGUAAAAAAGAGCAUGGGACAAAACAUUACACGGUCCAAUCUCUACAGUAUUUGGACAUUCUUUCCCUUACAACCAUGUGUGGCAACAAGUAGGCGUCUUUUUCCACUGCAGUCCUUUCUAUUCAAAGAAGAAAAGAGAACUGUUGCCACAUUAAACUGAGACUUUUUAAGUUAACCUCCUGUCCUUACCAUGAGCCCCACACAGUUAUCCCGAUUCGGAUCCUUCACUUUAUUAAUCAGGCCUGGAUGAAGAUCUGAGUUUUGUGGACUCAUCACUGGAUAAAAAAGCAUAAAAAUGGGAUAUUGUCUCAGACAGAAGUAUUGCUAUGAAUUUUUUUCUCUGAGCUGCUGUAUUCAAAAAAGGUUUUAGUGUUGAUAUCACAUACUGACUACAGGAUUCAGUUCAGUUAUUACAUAAACCUCUAGUAGGAACAUUAGGGCCUUUUUGCGGUUCUUCUAUUGGCACCUAGUCUUUUGCCGUAGCCAAAAAGAACAUACAGUGACAAGAAUGUGUUUUAAUGAUUUAUACUAUUUUUAAUGAGUAAUAAUGUUGUCACUGAAUUUUCUUUUAGAUUUUAGUAUUUAUUUUUGUGUAUUAAGCUUUUGAUGUAUAUAUAUUUAUUUCCAAAUGUUUUACUCUCUUUUGUAUUUUUUAUUUAAAUGUAAGUUAAGCUUCUCACCAGGACAUUGUGUUUACAUGUUUUAUACAGAUAUGGGUGCUGAAAUUGUUUUUUACUGGAAUUUAUACUUUUGUCUGCUCUGAAUCAAACAUUAGUAGUAAAAUAUCAGUAGGCCUAGUAAUGCAUCAGUGAUAAAAUCAUGUUACAUAAGUAAACUCUCUGAAAUGGCAUGAGAUGCAAUCAUUUAAGCUUCACAUGCAGUAGGAAAAAGAUAGGCCUAUAGUAACCAAUGUUUCCAAGAUGUUUUACUGCUGAUUCUGUGUGAUGGAUUUAAUGGCAUAUGUCUUUAUGUACUUUUGUAUAAUUAUUUAUUAUUUGAGCAUUUUUUAUUUUGAUAUUGUAAUAUAUUGUAAAUUGUAAACAUUUCUCUAAACCUCAACAGGUAGAGAUAUCACAGACAUCAGGAAAACAUCCCAUAGUAAUUUACAAUCUUUUAAUAAUACAAAAAAUGGUUGUUAAAAACCUGUCUGGUAUUGUCACAGAUAAGCUACAGUACUGUAUGAGUGUUCAGUGUUAUUUCUUAUCAGUUCUAACAAUGUGACACGAGUACAUGAAAAUGUUACUGUGGUAAAAAAAUAUACUGUAAAGAUUGGCUAAAUACAUUAUAAGCGCUUUAUAUUACAAACUGUCUUGCGAUGUCCUAAAUACAUCCAAUGGCAAUUGCUAGGAUUAAUUUACUCACCACCAUGUCAUCCAAAAUGUUGAUGUCUUUCUUUGUUCAGUCGAGAAGAAAUUAUGUUUUUUGAGGAAAACAUUCCAGGAUUUUUCUCAUUUUAAUGGACUUUAAUGGACCCCAAUACUUAACAGUUUUAAUGCAGUUUAACAUUGCAGUUUCAAAGGACUCUAAACGAUUCAAAACGAGGCAUAAGGGUCUUAUCUAGAGAAACGAUUGUCAUUUUUGGCAAGAAAAAUAAAAAAUAUGCACCCACAACUUCUCUUCUUCCUCCGGCCUUUGACCUCUUGAUGUGAUGACGUAUUAUGUGAGGUCGCGCUGGCGCGUCACAGGACCGUAGAUAGACGAGAAUUUGUGGUUUAAAAGUGCAUAUUUUUUAUUUUUCUUGCCAAAAAUGACAAUCGUUUCGCUAGAUAAGACCCUUAUGCCUAGGUGGGAUUGUUUAGAGUCGAAACUUUAAUUUUAAACUGCAUUAAAAUGUGAUGGGGUCCAUUAAAGUCCAUUAAAAUGAGAAAAAUCCUGGAAUGUUUUCCUCAAAAAAACAACAACAACAUAAUUUCUUCUCUACUGUACAAAAGAAAGACAUUAACAUUUUGGAUGACAUGGUGGUGAGUAAAUUAUCUGGAUUUUUUUUUUGGACUAAUGGACUAAUCCUUUAAUAAGCACACAUAUCAACUGACAAAAAACACACAUAGACAGAAAAUCAAUCUUAAACCUCCCAUUUAAACUUCAACAGUAAUAAACUUUCCAAAUCACUUUAUUACUCAUUUAUUUAUUCUCUUUGUAAGAUCUUCUAGUGUAAAGUGCACAUGCUAGUAACCUUGUGUCUGAUACAGUCUCUUUGUUCUUUGUGCAACUCUAUGGCUGAGUUAUUGUACUACACACAUAGACCUCUGUCUUGUGUUCAUCCUCAGGUUGUUGCUCAUCAGUGUUUCAGAUUUGUGCUUUACAAUUUACCUCAGACAGUGUGCAAGAAAGAUCUACAAAUGAGAUAUUAAAGAAUAUGAAAUGAAAGUUAUUUAGAUGGUUUGUACGUAAGGGAAGUGCCAAUUAAGGUUUAACAUUUAAAAAGAGUAUUUGCAACACUUACUCCAGGAUAUUUUGUGAAAUGACACAUUGUGGAUAACAGGGUUUCAGCCGCACACUCAUUUAUCAGAUGUUCAUGUGAAAGGAAAUAAAAGUUUACAUGGUGUAUACUG